UCCCCCCCUCCAAGGAUCCAAUUCGACCGUGCACAAUGGCUUGCCGUCUCAUCCUGUCCGUGGCAAUCGUCGCCGUCGCGCUGCUCGUUCGCCGCUCUGCGGGGUACCCAUGGGCGUUGUGCGACGAUGGCACGGGCAGCAACUUCCCGGCCAGGAGGAGCACCUACCUUGCCAACAUCAACCUCGUCGCCGCCACCCUGCCCCGCAACGCCUCCGCGUCGCCGGACCUGUUCGCCACCGCCGACUACAUCGGCGCCGCCCCGAAUCAGGUCUCGGCCCUCGCGCUCUGCCGCGGCGAUGCCACCCCUUCCUCCUGCCUUAGCUGCCUCACCCAGGCCUUUCGCGACCUGCCCAACACGUGCGCCUACAACAGGGUCGCCACCAUCUUCUACGACUCGUGCUUGCUCAGCUACUCGAAUGCCAGCAUCUUCCCCAGCGACUUCUCCGCAAAGAUUCCGGCGUACGGGAACAGGGACAGCGGUAGCGUCAUGACGGAGGCGGCCCAGUUCAACCGCGUCAUGGCGACGCUGGUGAACGCCACGGCGGACUACGCGGCGUACAACUCCACGCGGCGCUACGCCUCCGGGGAGGCCGACUUCAACCAGGAGUUCCCCAAGCUGUACAGCUGGGCGCAGUGCACGCCGGACCUGACGCCGGCGAGGUGCCGGAGGUGCCUCGCCCAGAUCACCGGGAGAUAUAUUCCGCAAUUGGAGAACUACACCGGAGGAUUUGUCCGUGCAGUCAGGUGCAGCUUCCAGUACAGUACCUCGCCCUUCCUCGAUGGUCCAAUGCUGGUACAGCUACCAGGAUCGCCACCGCCGGCGCAGGCACCCGCGGCGGUGUAUCCCACCAUUAAUGCGGCGCAGUCGUCCGAAAGAGAAACUAUGAGAAAAAUUGCGGUGGCUACAGUUGCUGCAGUGCUGACCAUUAGUGCAACAUGUUUUUAUGCUUGGAGAAAGGCCAAAAGAACAUCAGCAAAAGCGCUCCAAUCGUACCCAACCAGUGCCGAUGACAUCCAGAAUAUAUGCUCUCUCCAUCUUGAUCUAUCAGUACUACGUGUUGCUACAGAUGACUUUGCUGAGCACAAUAAACUUGGUGAAGGAGGCUUUGGCGUUGUUUACAAGGGAAUUCUACCGGAAGGCCAACGGAUAGCAGUCAAGAGGCUCUCACAGACUUCCAGACAAGGAAUUGCAGAGCUGAAAACAGAGAUCCUUUUAGUUGCUAAGGUGAACCACAAGAAUCUUGCGAGGCUGGUUGGUUUUUGCCUCGAAAGUCACGACAAAUUACUCGUGUAUGAAUACAUGUCAAAUAGAAGCCUCGACACCAUUCUUUUUGAUUCUACGAAAAAGAAGGAGCUAGACUGGGGGAAGAGACUCAAAAUCAUAGAUGGGAUUGCUAGAGGUUUACAGUAUCUUCACGAAGAAUCUCAAAUGAAGAUAGUUCAUCGCGACCUCAAGGCAAGCAACAUUCUUUUGGACUCUGCCUAUAAUCCCAAGAUAUCCGACUUCGGUUUAGCAAAGAUAUUUGCAGGGGAUCAAUCACACAUUGUUACGUAUUGCAUUGUUGGAACAUACGGAUACAUGUCACCAGAAUACGCAAUGCAUGGGAAGUAUUCUAUCAAGUCUGACGUAUUCAGCUUCGGUGUGUUGGUCUUGGAGAUUGUCACUGGAAGAAGGAACUGGGAUUUCUGUGACUCCGAGCAAGACGCCGAUCUGAUAAAUGACGUAUGGGAGCACUGGACAAGGGAAAAAGCCAUUGAGUUGAUUGAUCCAUCCUUGACCAACGAUUGCCCCAUUGACCAGUUACUGAAGUGCAUUCACAUCGGGCUACUGUGUGUUCAGCAAAAACCUUCAGAUAGGCCGGUGAUGUCAGCAGUAAAUUUCAUGCUUAGCAGCAAAACUGUCGACCGAUUACCUUCUGUAUCUAGGCCAGCUUUUUGCAGACAGCAAACUUCUGCCAACUCAAUAAAAGUAUCAUCAAAUGGACUGGCAGGCCAGAACUCAAACCCUGAAGUAAUUGGUUGACAUUUUUAUUUAGGUUGGUCCUGGUUGGACCCUAGGUCUCUUGGGGCCACUGUUUAGAG